AUGCGAAAUCCCUUUCUCGUCGCCCGCGAAUGGUACCAACGCACCUUCGAGAGACCAAUCAACAUGAGAGAUGCCAUGCCUUUGACGGGCUUUUUACUCAUCAUUCUCGUGGCGCUCUUGGCAAUCAUCUGUAUGGUGCCUUCCUUUUCAUCCCCUAGGCUUCUGUGUGACGGAAUGCUGACCAAUUUGUGUUGUUCUUGGGAUACAGCUGUCAUCUACGGCAUUACCCUUGAGACGACUCGCCGCGGGCUGGGGAAAAUCGACGUCGACGACGGCGAGCCGCCAAGACCAGAUGUGUCCAUGGCGGACAAGCUUCUGGUAGAUAACACCACAGCUGACGGUCGGCAUGCUCUUCCUGUUGCUACAGAGACCGUCUUCUCUACGUCUACUGUUCAUGUCACUCUCGCGUCCACCACCACCGCUUCUCCAGCGAGCACCAAAUCUACCGCUCACUCGUCUGUUACUAUUCACUCACAAAGCACGACAUCUGGCCCCGCUACUACUGCUUCUGCCGAUGUUGUCACCGGCGAGAUGUUCUGCCCCGCCACCGACCGUCCGCACAAUGUCUACACGCCUUGUCUUUAUACCCAUACCAACCAGCCGGGAAUGGUGAACACAACAGCUUUGCCCAAUGCCGGUGUUGCCACCUCUGAUGCCCGCCGCCGGGCCGCGAAUCCCCUCGCCUGCACGGGUCGAAGGGCAGUUGACAGUCGGCGAAGGGAAGUCGACAAUCCAUACCGCGAGAGCCUACCCAGCUUCUUCGCGGCAGUCUACGAGCUCUCCUGGCGCGUGCCCCGACUGGCCAAAGUCGUCGUUCUUCUGGCGCGGCAAGCAACAGCUGAGCUGAUCCAUCCGGACCCCGACAGCCUGGCGAAGCUGGAACAAUACUCGGGCUGCCUCGGCGUCCCUAGCUCGACACAGCAGCUGCAGACCCGGGUGAAGGAUCUGGAGGACAGGAACUACCGGCUACAGAACAGCAUCCGCAGCACCCAGGAGCAGCUCCAGGCCCGGGUCAACGGCCUAGAGGACAAGAAUCGGCGAUUGGCAGAAGGCAUCCACAAUGCCCAGGACGUGGUCCAGAUGCAGCAGGGCUUGCUCGACUCGCAGCUGAGAAUCAUCGAGAAGCAGAGGAUUCAGAUUGAGGAGGCCACUCGUUUCAAGAUCUGGUGGGCCAAGACGCAGAACCAAACAGGGGAGUAUCACGGCCAAGUCCCAGGAGAAGACGAAUCGUCGGCAGUGGUGUGA